AUGUUUAAACCAGUUUAAGGAGAGGAAUUAUCGCAAUACGAUCCAGAGACAAUUGAGCUCUAUAGAAGAAGACCAGCUGACCAGACUUAUACGAAGUUGCUGCUUAGAAUGCCUAGAAUUGCAAGAAAUCAUCUUCCUGUCUACCUAGAUAAGAACUCUCAGCUAGCUAAAGACAUUGAGCAAAACAACAAAACAACUCCUUUGAAAUUAUUAGCAGGAUUUGUCUUCUUCUCGUGGGCUGUGAAGUAAUUUACCAAGAUUCACUAUCCUUACGGUAUCAUCUAUCAAAGAUCAAGAAGAACAUCAUGGAGCUCAUAUGUUCUCCAAAGAGCUCCCCUCACUGUAUUCUGUCUAGGCUCUAUCUAUCUCAUCAAAGAAUACCCAAGAUAAUUCAGAGCUGACCUCACCUCAGAUGACGAGCCAUUAUGA